AUGACCAUUUCGUUCUGGUUAAAAAUAUUGUCCAUCGGCUCUGGACGCUACCGCUACUAUCUGAGCUCCGGUACAUGCGGCGAUACAUGCGGUAUGGAUACUCGUGGUGUUGCCAUCUUCACGCAGGGCAACCUAUUAGGUUUCUCAUUGUCGCAGACCUUCAGCACUUGGACGAUCAUCCUGGAUUCCUCCAGCUACACAAUUGGUACGUGUCAAAAUAAAUCUUUCAUGCUGUGUGUCUAA